GCCUGGGAACAAAAGAAAACAAAUCCCAUGUCUGAGUCCAGGCUGGCGCUGCAAUCUGUCUGACAAACAGCCACUGCACAACUUGUCAACUCUUUUCUUGUCUAACUACAGAAAUCGGAUUUGGCAGGCUUAGCGUUAUUUACAACUCUCUACUCUGACAUCUUGUAUAAUUAUUAUCCUGGAGAAAGAGGGAGUCAAGUGACACUGAAACAGCACAACGUGUCUGUGGAGUCUUAUUCCCUUCAGUCUCCUCUCCUUUCCUGGUAUUCAGUGUGUCGGAUCAAAGGACGUGGACUCAUUAAUGCUGCAGAAUGGCCAAGGGAAAGAAAACCAAACAGGCUAAAGGUAAGACAAUCACCUUGAAAAUGGCUCAGAACUGCGUGCAGUUGGCGCUGGAUGGGAAACGCAGUCUGGACCUCAGUUUCAAGGAGAUCUCCACCGUGCCAAAGUGCAUCCAGAAGCUGUGUGACAUGGAUGAACUGGACCUGAGCAGGAACAUGAUCAGAAAGGUCCCGGACUUUAUUGAACAAUUCAUCAGCAUCUGUGUUUUGGAUCUGCACAGCAACUAUCUGGAGCAGAUCCCUGCGACUAUCGGCCGUCUCCAGAACCUGAUGCUCUUGAACCUGUGUAACAACCGUCUGACGAGCCUUCCCAGUGAGAUCGGCCUGCUGAAGAAACUCCACACGCUCAACCUCGGUCUCAACCAUCUGGACGCUCUCCCUGCCUCCAUUGGUGCACUGAAGGAGCUCCGCCACAUCGGCCUCUCUGACAACCGAUUCACCCGCGUCCCCGGCUGCCUCACGAGGCUGGACAAGCUGGAGAAGGUCAACCUGGACAGGAACCCCAUCAUCUCUGAGCAGUCACCCAGCCAUGAGUCAAUCGCGAUAACAGAGAGGCUUUACCUGGUCAAGGAGAGCUUCCUGUGUGGGGACUGCCUGAAUAAGUGCCAAACUGAGAGGAAGAAGCUGGAGGAUGUGGAAGAAAGAAAAUAUGAGCCCUAAUUACUGAGUAUACCCAACUUUUGUGACCCAGGAAGACAGAGAGAUGUAGAGAUUGGUUUCAGUUUAAAAACACAUUUCAAUUUCAAAUCAUUAUUUAUUACCAGUUUAAAACCCAAGCACAUGAGCUGAUUUCACGCUGUACUGUACCCUAAUUGUAAAGUUUUAACAUGCACUACAGCACCAUCUGCAGUUUUAACAGUAACAAGCCUAAUUAAACAUCCACUAGAUUACAUGAUGCACUAACAUUGUUACAAACUGACUUUUGUACAGCUGGUAUCAAUAGACCUUUUUUACAGCAGCCAUUUUUACAUUAAAGUGUAGGGUAAACACAGGUUACCAAUCACACUAAAUAAAUCAUUGGUAGCGCCUGUGUUUAUCCUACUAUUUUAUGUCAAAAUGGCUGUGGAAAAGGUCGAUUGAGUGUUUUUCAGGGAUGUGGAUGCUUCUGAACACAUCAUUUUUUAACUCACAUUUCUCGUUCAGCUCCAAUUUUAACCAACAGACCAUCUCACCCUUCUAAGGUUUCACAUUGUUAAAAGAAAUUAGCUUCAUUUCCAGUGGGCCUCCUUGAUGACAGAAACCUAAUCCGGUUUCACUUUUGUGAUUACCUAUGGUUUAUAGUAGGACGUAGUGUUAAAAUACAAUUCUCAAGCAAGUUUUAACUCAAUGAAAAUGAACAAAGGAAAAUGUUCUGUAAAUACUUUGUACUGUACUGCAGGUGUUGACAAUUUGGCCUAGAGGGCAGCAAAGACCACUAGAGGCCACAAAUACCCACUGAGUACCAGUAGCAGCUUUCUGUCAUUGAUUCCGAAUGUUUCACAAGCAAUAAAUUAUGACUUUCAUUACAUUAAAAGUAUUGUGUCAAUACAGCGUUAGCACUGUCAAGGAAACUAAUGUGUUUAUUUGAAAGGUCUUGAAAAAAGGCAGGGCUGCACAUCAUAUGCAAUCUUCACUGUAGGAAAUAAAGUAAAAUUAACUGAGUCACAGCAGUGUGAAUCUACGUUUAAAGAGUAAGCAUAAUUUAUUCAGCCGCUGUCUUAGAAAACAUUGUUUCGAAGGGAUGAAGACCAUAGCUUCUGCCCUGUUUCUUCCUCUCCUGAUAAAGAUCAAUUCUCUUUCACAACCUCUUCUCAUCGUCCUUACUGCGUCCACACAAACAAUCAAUACAAUCUGAAAAUGGCAAAUAACCUCAGAGGCCGUGUCACCCACUUUUCACCACAUCGCUGAGCUGAAGAGUGCUGAGGAGACUGGAUUAAGAUCUCAGCCGAUAGGUUCAUUAGGAAGCAAGCUCCCUGGUAUUGACUCAUAUUGUGAGACGUAAAGGAAAGACAGAGGUACCUAUAUACCUAUGAUCCUUUAUAAUGGUUGAAAAACUCCACCAUUUCAAACAAAUUAAAAAAUGCUGCUCGAGGCAGAUUUAAGGUAUUGACCACUACUGUAUUUAUAGCUGUAACCAUUUUAUGGAUUUUUUUUCUGAUUUGUCUGUUUCUGUUAAAUUAAUGUUUACACCACAUUACAGCUGCUUUAUCCUGUUUGAAAUAUAUGAUCUAUCUAU